CUUGUGUACCGGGCAGAGACUUCUGAUCGUAAUAGCCUGGUAGGACGAAGUUAGGGAAUUCCAGCUGUUGGAAAACUCAACUCCUCCCUGGUCUGGGUGGAAUAUAAGAACAAGCUGCGGACCACAAACCAACACAAAACACGAGGGAGUUCAAACUGCCUGACUGACUAACUAACUAAGGAGCUGUAAGUCUGUCACAUCUGCAGGUAUGAAGGUGCUUCUAGCUGGACUUGUUCUGACCCUUGUUGUGGGGGCUCAGGCCCAGUGGUACCGCUUCCCUGGUGAAGCUGCUCAUGGUGCUAUAGACAUGUGGCGUGCAUACGACGACAUGAGGGACUCCAACUGGAAACACUCAGACAAGUACUUCCACGCCCGGGGCAACUAUGAUGCUGCCAGGAGAGGACCAGGGGGCAGGUGGGCAGCAGAAGUCAUCAGUGAUGCCCGGGAGAGGUUUCAGGGUUCCAGUGGUCGAGGACACGAGGACUCAGCAGCUGACCAGGUGGCUAACCACUGGGGACGCAAUGGAGGUGACCCCAACCACUACAGACCCAAAGGACUCCCCAAGAAGCACUGAAUCAAAAAUAAAAUGAGAUUACUAGCCAAACUGAAAGGACCACAUUCCAAACAAAUAUAUUGCACUUAAUUACUGCUUUUGGUAGAAAUGUAAUAUUCUCAAAAAUAAUUUUGCCCAAAUGUUUUGCUAAUAGACAGGUACAUGGUAGUGAAACUUAGUGUACACUGUAUUUCAAAGUGUUGCAAAAAUAAAGUGAUUACACAACUAGA